AUACAAUUUGUCACAUACAUAUCGUUGUCUGUAAGAUGCCAGUAUUUCUUUGCUGACAGUAUAGUGCAAUCAUUUUCUCUUGUGUGUUUUUGUCUAUGGGAUGCAUCUGUUUUUUCCAGUUAUGGCUGGUUCAACACUGCACUUAUGAUUGAAGGCAAGAGCUAUUUACCUUGGCUCAUGGACAGGCUGAGGGAGCGAGGGGUGAUAUUUUGUCACAGGAAGAUUGAGUCUUUCAGAGAGCUGGUGGACUCCGGGGUGGAUGUCAUUGUGAACUGCACUGGGAUAAGAGCCGGGGAGCUGCAGCCUGACCAGGAUCUGAAGCCUGGCCGGGGACAGAUCCUGAAGGUAGAGGCUCCUUGGCUAAAGCAUUUUAUAAUAACUCACGAUCUCAAGACUGGAGUGUAUACAACCCCAUACAUCAUACCAGGGAGUAAUUUAGUUACCAUUGGAGGCAUCUUUCAACUGGGGAACUGGAGUCAAGAAAGUAACUCCCAGGACCAUCAGAAAGUGUGGGAGUCCUGCAGCAAGCUGGUCCCCAGUCUCAAGCAUGCCAGGAUUGUGGACGACUGGGCUGGCCUGAGGCCGGUGCGCAGCAAAGUGCGUCUGGAGAGAGAGACCCUGCAAUACGGAGCUGCCAAGAGCGAGGUGAUACACAACUACGGGCACGGAGGCUUUGGGCUUACCAUCCACUGGGGGUGUGCGCAGGAGGCAGCCAAUCUCUUUGGAAAAGUGGUGGAGGAGAAGAGACAGAAAGCAACGCCAAGGCUCUAACCCCCUCUGAUCUGAUCCCUUGAGCGCCACCAACGCAUUCUGCACUGUGCCUAUUCCAUUGACGUGAAGGCAGCAGACAUCCAAAUCAUGAAACAUUGGCCUCUUUUUGGCAUUUUAUAAUAAUUUUUUAUACAUGAUUUUAAUAUGUAAUAGCACUGUAAAGCCACAAUGAGUAAGGUUAACCAGUGACCAUGUCAUUUGGGUACACAAUAACUAACUUGCUUCAGUUGUCUCUAAUAAUUAGCUCAAUGCAUUCAAUAUCCAACCCUUCAAGCACAUGCGAUGUAGGAUGCAUGUCUGUCUCUCCCAGAGGCUGCACGAAGGAGCUGCUUACCUGCUAAAUAUGUCAAGUGUCAUAUUUAAACUCUAUGUGUUAUCUAGACUUUGUCUAUAACAACAUCUUUUAAUU